GCUGUCUGGGUCCCGCAGAACGGCCUCAGUCUCACUCCUACCAGUCGGUGGAAGAGGAACUCCCACAGGCUCCCGUUGGCCCCUUCCUCCAGUCCCCUCCUCGGAGCCGGCCCCGGACUUGGAGAUGGAUUACAGAACUCCCAGCAGGCUCCCCGUGGAUCUGCCCUAUUACCACGGCCCUCUGUCCAAGAGAGACUGUGAGACCCUGCUGCUGGAGGACGGGAUAGACGGCAACUUCCUGAUAAGGGACAGCGAGUCCAUGCCUGGAGUUCUGUGCCUCUGUGUCUCGUUUAAAAAUUUCGUCUACACAUACCGAAUCUUCAAAGAGAGACAUGGGUUUUACAAUAUACAGACCGUAGAAGGUGCUCCCAAACAGAUCUUCUCAAACCUAAAGGAAUUGAUCUCCACAUUUGAGAAACCAAAUCAAGGGCUGGUGGUUCACCUUGUACAUCCGAUAAAGCAAGCCAGCUUCUGCCCGAGAUGGAGACGAUCACAGAUAAAGCUGGAUGGUGUUUAUGAGAACAGUAACAGCGACUAUGUGGAGGUCUUGCCUUGAAGACAAGGAGACUGAACAAAGCGAUUAGAGAAGAGAUGGGGUGACAGCUCUCACUGGCAACCCUGCUUCUCCUGCAGGUGUGGUUCUGGAAGACUGAACUCUAGGGGACAAUUCCGACUCUCCUGGUCUGGGUGACUGAAGACAUUCUGUCCACCAGCCUCAGAGAAAUUGUUCCCCGAAUCCCUGCCUCCCAUGCAUACACCAUGAACAGCUUUGAAACUCCUUUGCCCCCUCUCACUCUUCUUGCUUGGAAUAGGACAGCCUGAGCCUAUUCUCCAUGGUUGACGCCCUCCUGCAGACCAGCGAUCGGAGGCACAGCUUCAUACAGAAGAGAGCACACUUGGCCAUGAGUUAGGAGCCCGAGUUCCCGUCCUGUGGCUAUGUGACUUUGGAGAAACCUCUUGCCCUGUCUGGGGUCUCCACUUCUUCAUCUGGAAAACAAACACAUGUUCCUGCCUCUCUGCUGAGCCGGGAUGUGUCGGGUGGAGUGGAGGAGUCCUGGGGUCAUGGGGCUGUACAUGGGAGUGGCAAGAGGUCUGAGUCCUAGCCUCCCAAACAGCCAACAUGGUCUCUGCACCUGCCUGUCCUGGUGUUGGUCAUGGCAGGGCCCUGACCUCCCACCUGUCCUUCGCCCCAGCAUUCUAGCUCUUCUCCUUCUUACUAAUCUUGAUUUUCCUGCCAGACACAUCCACGGAGACACUUACUCAGUGGUUUUGCCCAAUUUCAUAUAUGCACCAACCACUUCAGCAGCAUGGAUAUAGUUCUGUACCGCAGUGAUAUCUGUGGGCAUCUUAAAGAUAUUCUCCUUUGUGUGGUUCCUUUUCCCAUCUAGAUAUUAAGUGCCACCGAAGCAUGGUUGGGUUCCCUCAUAUCCCCCGGUGUGGAAACGUGUGCUGCAUAGAGCUGUGCCCAUUCACAGGAUUUU